GCAUAUUUCUAAAUAACUUUGUGUUAGUCGGGUUCUCCGCACUGGUUCUGCCAGUCAGCUGAGGUAGGUGGGGUCACAAAGAGCCAAGAUGGCUGACUUUGAGGAGCCGCUGUCAGAUGAAGAGAAGGUCCGCAUAGCGGCCAACUUCGUGACUCAUGCCCCCCCGGGAGAGUUCAAUGAGGUCUUCAAUGAUGUGCGGCUUCUUCUGAAUAAUGACAACCUCCUCAGGGAGGGGGCUUCACACUCCUUUGCCCAGUACAACAUGGAUCAGUUUACGCCUGCCAAACUAGAGGGCUACGAUGAGCCGGUCCUGAUUACAGAGCAUGGUGACUUGGGACAGGGACGUUUCCUGGACCCACGCAACCGUUUGUCAUUCCGCUUCGAUCACCUAAGAAAAGAGGUGAGCGACGUUCAGCCAUAUGAAGGAGAUAUGGCCCUGAGAAGCUGGAGAGAUGCCUGUGAUACUGCCCUUAGUGCCUAUGUCAAAGAGCACUACCCUACUGGAGUCUGCACAGUAUAUGGGAAAACGGUUGAUGGUCAGCAAACUAUCAUAGCCUGCAUUGAGGGACAUCAGUUUCAACCUAAAAACUUCUGGAAUGGUCGCUGUAGGUCAGAGUGGAAGCUUACCAUUGGUCAGUCCACUGCUCAGGUGGUGGGAGUGUUGAAAAUCCAGGUGCACUAUUAUGAAGAUGGGAAUGUGCAGCUGGUUAGUCAUAAGGAGGUAGAAGAAUCAAUACCUGUGACUAAUGAAAGCCAGACAGCCAAGGAAUUUGUUGACAUUAUUGAGAAUGCUGAAAAUGACUACCAGACUGCAAUCAGUGAGAACUACCAGACCAUGUCUGACACCACUUUUAAGGCCCUCCGUCGUCAGCUGCCUGUCACACGCACAAAGAUCGACUGGAAUAAGAUCCUAAGUUACAAAAUUGGCAAGGAGAUGCAGAAUGCCUAGUGGAAGGUCAGGGACUGACCAGGGAGACCCAAGCUCCUCUUGUCCUACAACCCACCUAUACAUGCGCAAGGACUAACCAAAGCAAAACUAUGUCAGUAUGGGGCAAGAAAUUUAA